GUUAUUUUCUAUGUUUACAACCAGCUGACAUCCGGCGUCUUCCCGUCCUUUAGCCACCGAUCAACGACAUCCUAAACCCCAGAGAAGAAGUCAACCACAUAGAUCCACACUCGACAUUUCCUUACGAAAAGCGCUCCUCGCUGAUUCCUCAACUCAACUGAAUGCAAAAUCGUCAGAUGCAGGGCUCUGGCCCCGUCUCCAGCAGCUGAAGCACACCGGCCCCCGUCCCAACUGCGAUCCACCGUCCCUCGGCCUUCCUCCUCGCUGAGCCAUGACCACUGAGAGGGAUCUCGAUAUGGUGCACCUCCGCCUCAUCCUGGUCAGCGGGAAAACGCAGGACUUCACUUUCUCCCCAAACGACUCGGCCACGGACAUCGCCAAGCACGUGUUUGACAACUGGCCUGCAGGAUGGGAGGAGGAGACGGUCAGCAGUCCCAGUAUUCUGCGACUCAUCUUUCAGGGACGCUUCCUUCACGGCAACGUUACCCUGGGAGCUCUGAAGCUGCCGCCGGGCCGAACAACCGUCAUGCACUUGGUUGCCAGGGAGACUCUUCCAGAGCCCAACUCUCAUGGUCAACGGAACAGAGAAAAAACCACAGAGAGCAACUGCUGUCUCCUCUUGUAAAACAUCGGAAAACGACCCUCUACCCCAACCUCACACACACACACGCAUAUACACACGUGCAUAAACAGUGUCCCUUCAUCCUGUCAGCUGUGGAUUUGGAAGAAUCACAGGAAGUCUGGUCGGGCCGUUUGGUUGAAUCGGAGGCUUUUUUUUCCUUGUGCCAAUAUAUUCAGAUAUUGUUUUGCCCUGAAAAACCUUUACUGAGCCGGAAGAAUUUGCCGUUGUAGUUCCUCGUUAUUUAAAGACCAUGAAAUUAAAGUUACCUGAUUUGCUGCUGGACGAGUUUUAAAAAGCUGUGGUACGCAGUGGAGAAGACACGGAAGGUUCUCCGUGGACACGGAUAAAGGAUGGUUACCUUUCCCCAUAAGUCACGUGGAUGUUUCCCCAGGUCUUACUGAAUGCUGUUAACCCGCUCAUUGCACUUAACCAGUUUGUUGAUUCAGAAAUGUUUAUUGUGUUUCAUCACCUUUCCCCAACGGCAUUUUAUUUUAUUUGUUUGUUUUUUUUAAAAACCUUUUUCUUCGGUCAGAGCAGUGGACCUUAAAUCACCCCCAAACGUUCCACCCUCCUCCUGACACUCACUAACUGAACGGACCGGUCGCUCUGUAUCGGCACCGGCGCCGUUUCCUCCGUCACGUCCACCUGUUUUUGUCCCUGGAAACGGACCAAUGGCAAAAAGACUUGUAUUGUGUGGAGUGCACACCCCGAGGGGGCGGCCGAGUGCCGCCAGGUGCCGUUUUUUUCGCACCUGUGAGCGUCAACGUCAUCGAUGCGGGGGGGGGCGCAGUCGGGGCUCCGGGACGGAAGAUGGAAGGGACGAGUGUCUUUACCACCCUCCCCCCCCCACACUCCUACUGGACUCUGAGGGGACAGUUUCUGCCAAUUAGAUGAAGAAGAGCAAGGAAAACCCUUUUUUGUUUGGAUGCCGUCUUUACUUCAUGUUUGCCUUUUAUCGUGGAAUUCAGUAAUAUCAUUAAUAUGGAAAUUUAAAUAUAUCAAUUUUUAUCUUGUGUAUAGGUAUUUGUUAAAUUUUAAUGUGGGUGAGUGUGUGUAUGAGUGUCUGAGGGUGUGUGAUGCAUGUGGCAUACUGUAUGAGGACGGCUGAGGAUAUGUGGUCUUUAAAAAAGUUUUUAAAAAAGAAGUGCCGCAGUGUCGCCGGCCUGCGGUUUCCUCACAAACAGUCGGAAACCUUUUGAUUCCUUCCAUUGUCCUUUGGUUUGUGUUUUUUGUCAAUGUCACUGCUAUGAAGUCUAGCCCAGUAUGAUUAAAUGUAAAAGAGAAAAAAAAAGAAAAAAAACUAAAAUGCAAUGUGGUCUACAUAAAAGCUUGUAUUAUAAAUUAAUAAAUCUUUAAAUAAGGCAA